AUGGCGCCCUCACACUCGUUUCUGUUGUUUUUGUCUGUCGUUUUUACUCACCUGCAUUCAUUCGUUCUUGCCGUCCCGUGGGUUGUCACGGAUUACUACGAACAGGCUGUCGUCACUGAAGACUACUACUACACCAGCGAGGUCGUAACUACGAUCCAGGAAAUUUCUCCGACGGCCACUUCGCUGCCCGAGGCAGUAUCAACCAUCACCUCCAUCGGCACCGGAUACUAUGGAGGAGAUGCUACCGUCAUCCAGAAGCUCUAUCCCACCGGCGUAGGGAAGCCCGUCAAUGAUUACGAUUAUCCCUCCUACUACGACAAUGAGUACCAUUACACCAUCUUCAAGGUCUACUUGACUUACUCCGCUCCAACGGGCUGCGCAACACAAUGGACACAGACCACUGCCGUCCCAGUGACUCCGCCCCGUGCGGUGGAGGACUUGCUUCCUCGGACUGCCAUGGAGACUUCAGUUUCAGUUGACUCCAGCCAACCCUUCCAGCCGACCACUUACACUUAUGACGUGGUCUAUGUCGACCCAACUCAGGUCCCUAGCAGUGCUCUGGAGUCACUCAGUUACUACAACCGACCCACCUCCCUGUACUCAGGUGCAAAGUGCUAUUAUACGAGUACAGACAGUUCCUACUACAGUGGCGGUUACUACGGCUACGACGAUGACGACGGCGACUAUAACUGGUUCCUCGAUGACUACUAUAUGGGUAUCUCUCCGCUGGCCCUCACCCUGAUUCUCACCCUAGGCUGGAUUGGCCUGUUUCUGAUCCUUGGAUUUAUCGAGGCCUUCGUUCGGUUCCGCCGCCUGAUGACUGGCUGGCAAACUAGGCGCGGUCUGCCUGUCUGCUGGUCUCUCACUGUCAUCCCAAUCAGCCUUCUCCUUCUUUGCUUCUUCCGUAAGGGCUAUCGCGCCCGCUCGCAGGCUGACGCGGAGAUUCUGAAGAAGAGAUGGGAUGCCAUGGGCUUCUGGACGAAGCUGCGCCUGUUCUUCGUGUGGGGAUUUCGGUUCAAAUACCCACCGAUGCUGGGCCCGGCGCCAGCCCGCGUGAAGACAAGCAAGCAGCCGGGCAAGAAUCCCGGGCCCCGUCUCUUGACCCCGAGUCCAUCGCAGAGCGUGGCGCCGGACUCGCGUCAGGGAUCCACCGCUGCACGUAGUGCUGCGGAUCUUGAAAUGGCGGAAGUAUCCCUGGAACCUUCGCAGCAUCCAUCCCAGGCCGCUGGCCUGCCAUCGACCGCAUCCGGGGCGCUUCCAUCUCAUCAAGAUGACCAGAUUGGUCGCGCACACUAA